AUGACGGGCUUUACCGAGCCCAAGCGAGAUGCUACCCUUGCGGCUGACGAUGGCGCCUUGGAGAAGAGCCUCAGCCAUCAAGCGGAGAUCUUUGAAGACAAGGAGCUCAUGACAGAUGCUCAGGCAGCUGAAAACCGCGAGCAUGAUAUGGGCAUGUGGGAAGCAGUCAAGGACCAUCCUAUGGCCUGCUUUUGGGCUUUCAUCUUCUGCUUUACUAUCGUCAUGGAGUCUUUCGACAUGUUCUUGAACGGUAACUUCGUUGCUCUCGGCGCAUUCAAAGAACGAUACGGUGUCCAAGUCGCUGGCGAAGUCGGCAAAACCAUUCCUACCAAGUGGCAGAGUUCACUAUUCCAAGCCGGCCAAUGCGGUGCCUUUAUUGGAGUAUUCCUCGCUGGUCCCAUCACCAAUCGUCUUGGUUACCGGUGGACGACCCUCUUGGCUCUCACUCUCAUGAAUGCGACCAUCUUCAUCUCCUUCUUCGCUGAUUCACUCGCUGUUCUUGUCAUCGGACAAGCUUUCGAAGGCAUUCCAUGGGGCAUGUUUAUCGCCAACUCGCCUGCCUACGCAAGUGAGGUUGUCCCUCUCGUCCUCCGUGGUGCUUGCACAGCCACUCUCCAGAUGUCUUGGUCGAUCGGUAGCAUCAUCGUCGCCGCCGCCACCUACAGCUAUAACAAGCGCAAUGACGAGUGGGCAUGGCGAGGUCCUCUGGCACUACAGUGGGUUUUCCCCACCCCUCUCAUGGUCCUUGUAUUCUUCGCACCCGAGUCGCCAUGGUGGCUUGUGCGUAGAGGGCGCAAAGAACAGGCGCUGAAGUCCAUCAAGCGCCUCGGUCGCAGGAACGGAACACAGGCGGCCGCCGAAGACACGCUUGCUAUGAUGGAGCGCACAGUGCAGAUUGAAGCUCACAAAGGUGGUGAGCCUUCUCUCCUUGACCUCCUCAAGGGAACCGAUCUUCGCCGAACACUCAUCACCUGCUUGAUCUACGCAUCGCAAAACUUCGCUGGUAACUUGAUUGCCAACCAGGCGACCUUCUUCUUCGAGCAGGCUGGAAUGUCUUCCGACUUCUCUUUCAAGCUUAACCUGAUCAACUCGUGUCUGCAGCUAGUUGCCAACAUCUGCGCGUGGCCACUGAGCAACUGGUUCGGCCGUCGAACAAUCUAUCUUGGGGGUACUGCCGUCAACGUCUGCCUGCUCUUCAUCCUUGGAAUCUGCGCCUCGAUUCCCCAGAACCAAGCAACCAACUACGCCCAAGCGUGUCUAGGUAUCCUCAUCUCGUUCGUCUUCGCAGGAACUAUGGGUCCAAUCUCAUACUCGAUCAUUGCCGAAACAUCUUCAAUCCGUCUCCGCGCUUUGAGCACUGGUGUUGGUCGUGCUGCAUACUACGUCGCGGAAAUUCCCAUGAUCUACUUAGCCUCGCAGAUGCUCAACCCCACCGGCUGGAACAUGGCUGGUAAGUGUGGAUACGUAUGGGGCGGUACAGCUUGCGUCUGCUUUGUCAGCGCGUACUUUGGCCUUCCCGAGCUGAAGGGCCGCUCAUACCGUGAGCUCGACAUUCUGUUUAACCGCAAGGUCUCCGCUCGCAAGUUCAAGUCGACUAUCAUCGAUGUCAGGGACAACGAGUAA